AUGAAGUCGGUUACUACCCUUGCCGGCCUCGCCGCGGUUGGCCAAGCUCUGACGCUCCCUCCUGUCUCGCUCCCUCCUCUGAUCCCCGACAUUCCGGGCGUCACAACUCCCCUCAACGACCUCUCGCCGGCUCUGCCCAUUCUGCAGGUGCCGACCCCGGCCGAGCCCAGCCCGCCGUUUGAGGCCAGCGACAUCAAGCCCAAGAAGAUUGGUUACUUCUGGACCGGUGCCGGUGACAAGCGUCACAAGGAUUUCUUGGCCACCUACUCGCUCGACGACGACACGUUCGGCACCCUCCUGUGGGUGACUGACGUCCCAUCCAGCGGCAACGACCCCCACCACUUGGGACCCUCGCUCGACGGCAAGACCCUCAUCGGUGGUGGUCUCCUGUCGCUGCUGAAGACCCAGGACACGGCCUUCUACUUCGACACCACCAACCCGUACCGCCCUACCUUCAAGAAGUCCAACCGCGGCAUUUUCUCGUCCAUCACCGACGAGAUCCGCGCCAAGCCCGAUGGCGGCUUCUACAUCACCUACAUGGGCUCGGCCGUGGGCACCUCGCCCGGCCGCCUCGUCGAGACCGACGCCGACUUCAACAUCAUCCACGAGUGGCCCGAGGUCACCGAUGUUGAGUCCACGCUCAACAUCCUGGACGAGCAGUUCAAUCCCCACGGCCUCAGCAUCGACUGGGAGCGCAAGAACAUUCUUACGUCUGACUUCGUCGAGCCGGUGACCAUCCUGCAUCCCAGCACCGGCAUCAAGCGUGCCAACACCCUCCGCCUGUGGGAUCUCGACACGAAGAAGAUCCUCAACACCAUCACCAUCCCUGACGGUGGCGGUAUCCAGGACGUCAAGCACAUCCCUGGCAACCCUGAGGGUGCCGCGCUCGCCACGGCUGUCCACCUCGGCCAGGUCUGGAUCAUCUACCCCGAGCGUCUCGACCAGCACGGCAAGCCCGGUGUCGCCGAGCUCCUGUACGAUCUCGGCCCGAAGGCCCGUGACACCACCGCCAUCUACACCGACAUCACCCAGGACGGCCGCUUCAUCUACCUGACCCUGACGACUGCCGACCACAUCGCCGCCCUCGACAUCUCUGACCUCAACAACGUCAAGCGUCUCGACAACCCCGAUGAGGACCAGCCGACCAUCGGCCCCCACUACAUCAAGGUCACCCCUGACCAGAAGCACAUCGUCGUCACCGACUACUUCGUCCAGACCGGCGCUCUUGGCUUGAUCAACACCCCCGCUGACUUCAAGGCGCUGUACAUUGACAUUCUCGACGACGGCAGCCUCAGCUUCAACCGCUCGAUCGACUUCGACCGCGAGUUUGCCAACCGUGGUGGUGCCAAGCCCCACUCGUCGGUUGUCUUUGACUUGACUGACCCUGACCACCCGCUCUACUACUAA